AUGAAAGACAUGAAAAGGAAUUUGAAGAAGGGGACGUUUCCAACCAUUUGGAAAAAAUCCUCUCAAACACUAUCAAAGCGGAGUCGACGAUCGGUGAGUGAAAUUACAAUGUAUUUGCGCUGUGCUUAUCACCAUUAUAUUUAUUUCCCCAUUUACCUGUGACAUGAUUUUUUCUGGCAUCGUUGUUCAAUAUUCGUGUAAUGAAUGCUCUGACUAUUUGGACUUCCCAUAUUGUUGCAUGUGUUUUCAUACUUUUCUGCUUUCUUCUCAUAGUUAUAGUAAAACGGGCAUUUGCGCUGAGUGGACGUGAAGUCAAUUCCCCAAUUCCCAGACCUUUCCACUCAAGCGUAAAAUUUAGAAAAAGUGAAGCUACAUAGAAAUCCGGCUCUCUAUUUUUUGAGAGAUUAUCUUGCUGUUACUUUGAGAUUUGACAGUACUCCAAACUUCCCUCCAAGAAAUCUUACAGCAAAUUAAGAGUUACACGCGAGUCUUUUAAAACGACCAAAAAUGGACUUAGUCUGAUUUCUACAUUCUAUAAGUACAGUUACUGUUUGCGGGGUUUUUUUUUUCGUUUGUAUUUUAAUUCUAUUUUCACUGUCUGCAAAUGAUGCAUACAUUUUAAGGCAAAGAUGUGGUUAAACCUUGCUUCCAUUUCUAGUUUUGAAAACAUCGACAUAAAGCUCAAAUUUAAACUUGUUUUGAAGGGGAGAUAUAAAAAAUGGUCGUACCUAUUUUCAUUUUUAGCUACUAAAUGAAAUUCUGGCUGGUCAAACUACUAAUGAGGAUACAGAGGAAGAAGACAAUCCUGAAGAAGAGGUGAUCUCUUUGAAAGGAAGUUCUGCACCUGAGGAGAGUGCUGACACUAUGGGGGCUCCCAAUCUCAACCCUGAGGAGUCUCCAGAAGUCGAGGGUGUUCUGAAUACAAGUCAGGGUUCUUUGCUUGAGGUAAAUCCUGAAAAGGAGGGCUGCAUCCCUGAGACUGAGACGGGUGAGAUAAGUGUUGAUGCUGAGAUGGCUUCAGAGGUCCUAGGUACUCCUGGUGAUAAGACAGCUCUCGAGAGCCAAGGGAUUUCAGGCACUGAUGAGGUUACUGAGACCAUGCAGAUCCUGGAGGCUCAGGGAAUCGAAAAAGUGCAGGAUAUGGAUGAAGUUAUGCAGAUUGAUGAAUCAUUAACGAUUCCUGAACUUGAACAGGUUUCUAUGGUAGGCGCAUAACUCUAAUUAAUGUUUAUUUGCAUCUUUGUAUUAUCAUAACAAUGGAAAACUACAUGUGCAGUUAUUUUACAACAAUACUAAAACACAAAAAUUCUAAAGUCUUGUUAUUACAGCCUGUAUUAAUGUUGAAAGUUUGUUUUUUGUAGGAUACUCCAACUGGACAUGCUGGGAAUUGCACAACAUGCAAAACCCUGAGGAGUGAGGUGACUCAGUUAAGGGGCAAAGUCACAAGACUGAAGAGUAAGUUAAUCUCCAAUCAAGAUCAGUGGGUUGAAACCUUUAAGAGCAUACAAGAGCCGAAGCAGUUGCUGAUGGUGAGUGCUGGUGAGUCAACAAUAAUUGAUGUUGAUGAGUCAUAUAGGCAUAACUGCCUAUCUUUAUAUUUUUAUUAUAUUUUAUCAAUAUUUGAUUAUUUAAUAAUAAUUAAAAUUUUAAUGGUGAUAGAAUUUUUUUAAUUCCAUUUGUUUAAGCUAUUCAAACUGAUCCAUGGCCAGUAGAAAAAUGA